AUGGCGCUUGUGAUCUCAUACUUACUUAUAUUCGGGCUCAUAUCUUGCAUCAGAGGGAAGCAGGCUGAUGACAGCCAAAACGGAAUCGGAAUAGUGGACUUAUUUGCAGGAUUGGCCCAUCAGAAUGGUAACUUUGGGAUCAAAUUCAGUCACCAGGACAAUCCCAAGGGCCAACAUAAGGGCAAGACUCGCAUGACUUCACACGCUGAGAACGUACAAAAAAACGACCGACAUGAUAACGACGAUUACAAAGCAGCUGCCAGUCUCCUGCAGAGUAUUUACAAUAUUCAGACAAUGCAGAAAGGGGCGUUAUCCAACAUCAACCUUCUAGUACCAGUGCGGACCAAAUUGAGAGAUUGUGCUUCAUCAGCGAGGUGUAAGGACACAAAGCACUUGCUUAAAAGAAACCGAGUUGAGGCCCACAUCAAUAAUGUUUUAGAUUUUCUGAGCGAACUCGAUAAGAAUUUCGGAAAGGAUGAUCCAAUUACAGGUGUACAAAAUGCAGAUCGCAAUAGUAAUAAUCAUCAGAAUCAUCAAAAGCAACGGAUGCCAAAAAUAAUUCAAUUAAGUGAGAACGCAGAUGCAGUAAUGCUUGACACAGACACAUUUGAGCGACUAGUAUCUAAUUUAAAUUUUAAUAAAAAGAAAGAAAAAAGAGGUAAGGUACUAGAUAAUGUUGAAGUAGGGAGACUACACAAGGGCAACAACAAUAACAAGAACUAUAAUAGUGAUUCUAUUGUUUACGUAGAACAGGCCAAAGAUGGAAACGCUUUGGUUAAAAAAUUACAAAAACUGUUGUAA